AACCGCUUCCAAGCGUAGUCUUCAAGUUCAAACGACCCAAAAGUCUUUCUUCCCCAAGCACUUUCCUGCUCUCUCUCUCUCUCUCUCUCUCUCUCUCUUUCCCACGCUUUCUCGCACAUUCCGACGAAACUGUCUUCCAGCAAAAAAAACAAGAUUCUAUUGGACUCGAAGACUGAACUUCUGAGGAAAGAAAAAGAUUUCCUGAAAAUAAAUCGAGGGAUUCAAAAUUCUCUGGCACCAAAACAUGCGCACACUACUGGAUUGGAACUUUACAGAGAAAACCUUUGAAGGGUGUUUGUUGGACUGGAGGGUUGAGCAAGAUAUUCCUCAUCAGAGGAUGCAUUGUGAAUCUCAUUGUUGACAUUUGAUUCAGAACAAUUGAGUUGGAUAUUGCAUCUGGAAAGCCAUUCUAGAAAACAUAAGUAGUUAUUCUUCAAUACAGCAGACUUAGCAUUGUAGGAUCUAGGAUGUUCAACAUAAAGUGUUCAAAUGGGUUUUUUGAAUUUAGGAUCUUGUUCAGUUCACGCUGAGGAAAUUCAGCUGUAUGGUAAAACUACACCUUGUGUUCACGACUUUUUAAUGGGGGGCUGAUUCAUUGGAGCUUUCUUGGCAUGGCAGUUGGUGAUUUAUUAUUUCUUUACGUGUAACCACUGAUGCUGCAUAAGGGUGUUUCAUCAGAAAUGAAGAAAUGGUACGUAGGUGUUUUAGUUGCAUCCUUGUUUAUGUUGGUCAUUCUUCUGAGGUACGGAAUCACGAAGUAUCCUGUCAGCGAAAAUUAUCUUACAAGUUCCUUCGCCCCCAAUAAAACUAAGCCUCUUGAAUGGAUCAAUUCUGGAGCUCCACCUGCAGUUCAGAAUCCAGAGAAUGGUUCUCAGGUGGUUCCUGCCGAUACCAUAAUCUCCGCUCUUUUUGCUCAGAGAAACCUCUCCAAUGAAGGGAAGCAAACUUUGCAAACAUGGAACCAUCUGAAACACUUAAUAGAAAAUGCUCAUGUAUUACCUAAUGCAAUAAAGGCAACUAAGGAAGCUGGACAUGCUUGGAAUGACCUUAUGGCUUCGGUUGAAGCAGAAAGGCUUGCAUAUGGAAAUGAAAGUUUCCAUAGGAAAGGAAAAGAGAAACAAUGUCCUCAUUUUCUGAGUGAAAUGAAUGCCACAGGGCUUGAUAAUAGUGGUUUUAAGUUGCAGGUUCCAUGUGGUCUGACUCAGGGUUCUUCCAUUACGGUUAUUGGCAUUCCAAGUGGUCUUCUUGGUAAUUUUCGGAUUGACCUUACUGGGGAACUACUUCCAGGGGAGUCAGAUCCACCCAUUAUAUUACAUUACAAUGUUAGGCUUCAUGGUGAUAAGAUAACUGACGGCCCUGUAAUUGUACAAAAUACAUGGACUGCUGCUCAUGACUGGGGUGAAGAGGAGCGUUGCCCUUCUCCUGACCCGAAGAAGAUUAAGAAAGUGGAUGAGUUGGAACAGUGCAACAAGAUGGUGGGAAAAGAUGAUAACCGGGUCUUGGCAGUUGGUACACACUCCAAUGAUUCGAGAAAGUUUGUCUCCGACGGAUCUAAAACAAAAACAUAUUUUCCAUUCAAGCAGGGUUAUCUGUCUGUUGCAACACUUAGAGUGGGAACAGAAGGAAUCCAGAUGACAGUCGACGGAAAGCAUAUUACAUCUUUUACUGUUCGCGAAAGUUUGGAGCCAUGGCUGGUCAGUGAAGUAAGAAUUUCAGGAGACAUUAAAUUAAUAUCUGUCGUUGCUAGUGGUUUACCAACAUCAGAAGAUACAGACCACAUAAUUGACUUAGAUGCACUCAUAUCACCACCGCUUCCGUAUCGAAAGCCAUUGGAUCUCUUCGUAGGUGUUUUCUCCACAGCAAACAAUUUUAAACGUAGGAUGGCUGUUCGGAGAACAUGGAUGCAGUAUCCUGCAGUGCGGUCUGGGGCAGUUGUUGUGCGAUUUUUUGUUGGUUUGCAUAGAAACCAGAUGGUGAAUGAUGAGCUUUGGAAUGAAGCACAGACAUAUCACGACAUACAGCUGAUGCCGUUUGUAGACUACUACAGCUUGAUCACCUGGAAGACUCUAGCUAUCUGCAUCUUUGGGACUGAGGUGGUCUCCCCGAAGUUUGUCAUGAAAACUGACGAUGAUUCAUUUGUUCGGGUGGAUGAAGUGCUGGCUUCUUUAAAUAGGAUAAAUGUGAUUCAUGGGUUGCUUUAUGGUCUCAUUAAUUCAGAUUCCCAACCUCAUCGGAAUCCUGAUAGCAAGUGGUAUAUUACCAAUGAGGAAUGGGCUGACGCGAAGUACCCUCCUUUUGCUCAUGGCCCCGGCUAUGUUGUGUCAAGUGACAUAGCAAAGGCAGUCUGCAAGAAGCAUAAAAAAGGCCGCUUGAAGAUGUUUAAACUGGAGGACGUGGCAAUGGGCAUGUGGAUUGCUGAUGUGCAAAAGGGUGGUUUGAAAGUAAGAUACGAGAAGGACGAGAGGAUCUUUAACGAGGGGUGUAAAGAUGGUUAUGUUGUUGCUCACUACCAAGGUCCGAGGGAGAUGCUCUGUCUGUGGCAGAAACUUAAUGAAGGAAAGCGUGCCAAAUGCUGUGGCGAAUGAUUACCGUAGUUACACAUCCAUGUGGAUUUUGGUAGCUACAUGGCAGGGAGAUAGUGAUUGCUGGAAUGAAACAGAGAUUCAACUGAUCAGGGAUAGAGAAGGUGCAGUGGGGCGUCAGUUAUAUGGAGGUGGUAAUAACCAUUUUGUAAGUAGGAAUGAGAAUUCGAGGUAGCGAAUCGUAUAGGUAGGUUAGUUUUUAGAACCUGUGACGAUGAUCCACAGUUCCACGGCAUGGUGGAUCUGUAGUAUACGUGUAGAGAGAGAGAGAGAGAGAGAGAGAGAGAGAGAGAGAGAGAGAGAGAGAGUUUUGCGUUGUAUAGAGUAAUCACUAAUAGCAUGUUACAUAGGGCGACACAGCGAUGUUGAUUACAUUUUUUAGCUUCUAUUUGAUGCAUCCCCUUCUAUAUCGAA